AUGCCCUACACGUUCCGGGGCAAGAUCUCUACAGCAACCGCUGUCAGUCAGUUGAAGCGAGACUUCCCUAACGUCUCAUAUCUCCUACUUGUCGGUAUUGGCGGUGGUAUACCAACUCAAGGUAUCGAUGUUCGUCUAGGAGAUGUAGUGAUCAGUACCCCAACUGGAACGAAUCCUGGAGUGGUCCAAUACGACUUGGGCACAGCGUAUCAUGACAAGUUUGUGCGCGCCGAGCAGCAUCUACUACCUCCUCCGCUCGAAUGGCUACAUGCUAUAUCUAGGAUGAAGGUUACACAUCGAGUAGAAGGUGAUAAUGUUGAUCAGUUCAUCGAAGAGCUACAUACACGCUGUGCACGUCAGGCCUUUGUCCGCCCAUCCCCUGAUACAGACACCCUUUUCGAGCCGACAUAUGACCAUGUUGAGGGUGAAGCAACCUGUAAUCAAUGUAGUCGAGACAGAGUUGCGCAGAGGCCACCACGCUCUGAUCCCACCAAGCCAGUCAUACAUUUCGGACUCAUCCUUUCCGGUGACUCAGUGAUAAAAGACGCAGCAACAAGGGAUCAAAUCGCCAGGGAUGAAGGCGGGGCCAUUUGUUUCGAAAUGGAGGCUGCAGCCAUGAUGAAUGAUUUCCCCUGUCUGGUCAUCCGGGGCAUCUGCGAUUACGCCGAUUCGCACAAGAACGAUGUGUGGCAUGAGUAUGCCGCUGCAGCUGCCGCGGCGGUGGCUAAGGAAAUUCUUCGGUUCAUUGAGCCUAGUAAGUGGAUCUUUUUCGGAGUUUAUUUCGCAACUGGUAACCUUUUCAAUUCAAUACAGUUAUUCCUCGAAUAG